AACAAUUAAGUGCUCGCCUCUCUAAAGGAAAAAGCUGAAAAUGAAAUGGUUUCCGUCACAUCUCUCGGUUCGUCACCCUUUCAAAUUCUGCAAGUAGAAUCAGUCAAUGGGGACGGAAAACGGCGAGCAUUUCCAAAACAAGUGUGCUUUAGGGUAGCAGUACCUGUAACUUCACUUGUUUUCUUAAAACAGCUUCAGAUCGGGGCUACAGCGCAAUCAUGUUAAGAAUAUAACACCCGGUUCGUGGAAAUAAACUUCACUUGUACGGAUCACGCAGCUUUUGGUUUAGAAACCCUGACGGCGGCUCCACAAUUGGCGUCAUUCUGCACAAACCAGGAAGCUGCAGGUUUUUUCCCCCCACAUUGAAUUACUGGAGAUCAAGCCGAACCAAGUAACACUAAUACGAGACUUAAAAGGGCCAUUCUGCCCUGAUAAAGUGUACAGUCAUUGCCGGCGUGAUUUGCUGAUACUUCGGCUGAUCGCCGCAACUUUUUUGGGGGGGGGAGUGUGAAGUCUCCGCUGACAGCUUACCUUUAUUUUGUGCUCGAUUUAAACGACCUCCCUCCGCACCCCCGGAAGACCCAACUUAGAUAAGCGACCGAAUACAAUGGAUAUACCACAUCUCACAGAAGAAGAAAUGACCGAAAUAAAAAAGGAAGCGUUGGAUAGACUUAGGCCAUACCUCUGUGACAAGAUCACAGCAGAACGGCACUUCGAUUUCUUGCGUUCGAAGAAGAUCCUGAACCGCGAGGACACCGAGGAGAUCAGCUGGAAGGUGACGAGCCGCCAGAAGACGAGCAAGCUUCUGGACUACCUGGCCGAGAACCCCAAGGGUCUGGACACCCUCAUUGAGUCCAUCCAGAACACCCGGUGCUCGGACUUCAUCAUCACCAAGAUCACCGACGAAGUCCAGAGGCUGAAGAACGAGAGGAUUGAGUCCCUCAAAGCGUCCUUCAGCGCCUUCUUGCCGACGAAAUGCACAGGGGCAACGAACGACCUCUCCCGGACAUUCUCCAGCGACUCCAAUUUUGACAAGGGCUGCGUCUCCACCCUGCUGUAUCACCCUGAGGGAGAGUGGAGUCCCUCAGUCUCUUCCACAUCGGCCUCGCUGAAUGUUCCUCACGGGUCGGCCUCAGAGGCCGCACCCCUGUGCAGCAGCAUCAUCCGUUCGGCCGCAUCCGGCCUUCCGAGGCCCGGCGAUGAUGGGGCCCCCCCGCUACCCCCCGAGCUGCAGGCGGAGGCCGAGGGAGCCUGUGGAAGCACGACAGGCAGUGACUCCGCCUUCCAGCCCUUGCGCUCACGCUGCAUCUCGCAGCCCUGCCAGAAUGCCCCCCUCCAGAGCUCCCGGUGAGGCCCCCCCAUAAGCUAGCACCCACCUCCCCAGGGAUCAGCCCACUGUGUAACCUCAUUGACAGAGGUGGAAAAUUCAACUCCAGUAGCUACAAAUCCAGAUCAAGGUUUUGUUUCAACCAACUAGUCGAGUACUCAGUGACUGUGACUCUUUAUGCUCAACUGGGCGAUUCAUUUGUAGUUACUGGACCUGAAUUUUCCACCUCUGCUCACAGGUGCUGUGCACUUUUCCAUGUCCCGCUGUCGCUUCCUUGUUUCCUGCAUUUUAUGUCUUGGACCCCAUUACCAAGGUUUGGCCUCAGUGGAAAAGGGACCUUUUUAACUGAACAGUGUGUCAACAUGGCAUGGACAUUAUACCCUUAGUAUGCACUGCAUAUAUAAACAUAGCCUCCUGGUUAUUUGAACAUGUAGCAUGUUAUGGAUUUCCAUAUUGUCUUAUAAUGGCUUUUGUUCGACCUCGACCAGGAUGCAGUACACACUGUUCACGCUACAGUAAAGAAUUUCUGAUAUCUGUACCGACGAUUAACAGUAUGUUUUUUUUUUUUUAUGUUUUGCUCCAGUUUGAAAUGUAACACAGUAGCCUUUUGUAUAAUACAGAAAAUGUAAUUCACUUCUUAAAUUUCCAUAAAUAGGGGAAAUGCAUUGGUUCUUACUUCGAACUGCUUGAUUUUUUAGUAUUGUACAUAAAACUAAUAUUUACCACAUUAUCAGCAACUCGAUAGUAAUCAACGUGGUAUUUUUAGCUAAUAGGGCAAUCUGUGAAUGAUAUAAUUUUUACAUAUGUAUUUCCAUUAUCUAGGCCACCAAGUACAACUUUAGCAUUUAACUCAGUUUUAUUUACAUAUUAACUGUGGUGUUCCUGCUUUUUCAGCGCAAACCUUGGUAAUGAAUUCAUUUGGUUAGUUGAAUGGUCUGAACCAAAUCCUGAGAAUUUUUUGGCUAUUUAUCGGGGCGAGAUGGUGUGAUUGUAGGGUCUUUGUGGGUGACCACAUUCGCCAAAGAGGUAGGCCACGAAAACAUAGCAGGGAGAUUGUAAUUAUAUUUAAAAAUGGACAUUUUUAUAGUGCAAAUUUUUAUUAUGCAUGGUGCAUUAUUACAGUUAGGUUUUGUGGUGGGUAGAUAGUAGAUUGUGUUGUAGAAUAUGCCGGAAAACCCGAACUUGGGACUCAGGCUGUCAUUACCGGCAGAAAAGCUCCCCAGCUAAUUCCCAACUCUGCUCCUCCACGGAAAGGGCCGUGUCUCACUGACGUGGAGGUGGGACUCGACCUCACCGAAGACCUUGCUGACAAAGAUCCCUGAAAUGUCUGCAGAUUGGGCUGAUUGUAGUCCCAGUCACUGAUGCUUUUGGGGGGUUGUUUCAGACGGGGACGGCCUUGUCUGGGCAGCAUACCUACAGGUUCACCUUGUUUGUGGUGUAAUUACCUGUGGGGAAUUCCUGGUAUUUACCUGAAUUAUUUUUAUUUUAUUUUGUUGGUGUCGUCAACAGCAAUAAGACGCUUGCCGUGUCUGUCAGGUGACUAUCUGCUCUGUCUUCCCUCUUAUUGUCUGGUCUUCUCAGUGUCCUCUCUUUGACUUUCAUUCCCAUGCUUACCAUUGCGUUGGAGUUUGAAAGGCCCAAGACAGCCUUGAGUGUCGUUGAGUGGGUUUGAUGAAGCACUACCUUUUGAAUUGUGAUUUUGAUGAUGUUAUGACAGUAACGGCGGGACGUGAGAUGGCAAGCCUUUGUCUGUUUUUACAGUAUUUUAAAAAAAAAAAAAAGAGAGAUUUUCUCAGUUUCUUUUCAAAGUGCUAAAAUGUGUUUGUUGCCAAGGUUUCCGUAUUUUAAAGGUGCUAGCCAGCUUGUCCCUGCGCUUUUCUGAUAAUUGUACCACCUGCGAUUUAUUGCAGCUGUCAUUGCCGUGUCUGAAUAAAAUGCAUUCAAAAGGAAAA